GAAUAUAGUAUUGAGAAUACACAAAUUUUAAGCAGUUUUUAGAAUUUGGUUUAAUAUACAUAUUUUUAAUUAUAGCAAUUGUUUAGUUACCAAUAAAAUUUGUAUCUGAAAGGGAAAGUUAUUGUGAACAAUUAUGAAUAUUCGCAUUCAUUAAAAAGAAUACAUAUUUUACAAACAUACAAAUUGAAGCCGUGGGAGCAUAUUUCCAUAUACACAAACGUACUUGUACUUAUGAAUAAAAAUUCACUUUUGUUUUCCAAUUUGCUGGAUUCACAUGAUGUCAAUAGAAUAAUAUAAUUUUCCUUGGUUAAAAUUUAUAAUGUCUGAUAUAUUGAGCUAUUGGAAAUACCUAAUUAUUAUUGGUCUAAUUUAUUGUUCAACAAGCGGCGAAUCUCUUGCUUUACGACAAUGUGAACCAAUACGUAUUGAUAUGUGUCGCGGCAUAGGUUAUAACGAAACGUCUAUGCCUAACUUAGUAGGCCAUGAACUUCAAUCUGACGUAGAAUAUACUUUACAAACCUUUGCUCCUCUUAUUGAGUAUGUGUGCAGUACUCAACUGAAAUUAUUUUUAUGCGCUGCCUAUGUUCCGUUAUGUACGCCGAAAGUCCCUCUUCCCAUUGGGCCAUGCAGAAACUUGUGUGAGAGCGUUAGAAUGCGGUGUCAUCCAGUUUUACAAGGGUUUGGGUUUCCGUGGCCGCCAGCGCUAGACUGUAAUAGGUUCCCAAAAGAAAAUAAUCAUGAAACAAUGUGUAUUGAAGGGCCAGGUGAGACACAAAUAAAUAUAAGAGAUAAGGAGAACUUUCCUGGAACGGUAAUAAACAAGGCGCCCUCUUCCUCUGUAAUAUUGGAAUGCCCUGGCCUAUCUAAAUCGCAUAUGUAUGUAAAACUUUAUCGGUAUGGGAGGUGUGCUCCUUUAUGCGAAGCUGACAUAUUAUUUGGUCCACAUGAUAAGCAUUUGGCAGAGCUAUGGGUUGCCACAUGGACAUACGCUGAGGUUUUCAUGGCAUUGAUUGCAACUUUGAGUCUCAUUUUAAAUGAUAAUUCAAAAAGGAAAAACAAUCAAAAGUGGAUAAGCGUACUUACCCCUUUUGUGUGGUGCCAUUUCAUGGUUGCCUUAGGGUGGACUGUUCGCUUUAUAGUGGGUAGAACAGCAGCAUCCUGUGGAUAUGAUCCCCAACUCCCUAAUGUCCUUCUUUUGCUGGUUGAUGGGCUUUCGAAUGCUCCAUGUGCAACAACAUUCUUGCUUAGAUACUAUUUUUUUAUGUCUUCAUGUGCUUGGUGGGCAAUACUUUGCCUGACAUGGCAUCGCGAUGUGCGUCGUAUCAACCCAGAAGAUUUGAUAUCUUUGACCGCAAGCAAUUCAGGUACAUGUACUGACGUGAAUCAAUGUGAACUCAGAAGAAGGCGUUUAACAAGUAGUGAUAAACGUAAUGCCAAUUUGACUAUAAUGCAAAGCAAUUUGGCAAGCUUUGUAGCUUGGGGACUUCCAGCAUUUCAGACUGCAGCAGUAAUAGUGGCCAGACUUGUGGAUGCUGACGAACUAAUAGGUGCUUGUUUCGUUGGAAACCAGUCAGACAGAGCACUGCAAAUACUGGUCGCAACACCACUGUUUUGUUACUGGAUUUUCGGUUCAAUGAACCUCGGUUCGGGCUAUUUAGUAUAUCGUCGCUAUAAGGCUUUAUUGAAAAACCCUCCAACACCCAUGGUGAAGCAAGAAUUAGAGGCUAAGUGUCCAAGCUAUGAGUUUGGAACGUUCUUGUUCAUAUAUUGUAUUCCAUGUGCCUUUCUUUUGAUUUCUGUGAUCUACGAAUUUGCCAACAUUGAUAUAUGGCUUAAUAUACCACCUUAUUUUGUUGCAACUGAGGGAUUUACAACACCAAUGUGGCCUUUCAUGGCUCGAGCAUUUAUGGAAAUAACAUUAGGAAUUAUAUGUUUUGCAUGGGUUAUAGGUCCUAAAAUAUCUGUAUUAUAUAAGCAACAGUUAGAGCUUCGAAAUUCCCAAGGAAGUAAUCGUAAUAAGAACUAUAAUUGCAGGACAUCUUAUCAAAGUGUGCGACCACCAGUAAAUUUAUAUUCACAACAACGUGUUCCAGGUAGUAUUUCCAUGAAUCAAAUAUCGAAGUACUCCCACAAUAAAAUUAUCACGCAAAAGUUCCACAAUUCCAAUCACUUACACAAAAAUCGUUAUCAAAUAAGACCACAACAAAUUUAUCUGGAAUGUCAUGGAGAUGAAACUAUACUAUAAUUAUUUGUAAGUAACUUGCCUCAAACUGUGUAACAAUAAGACUGUGAUAGACGUAACAGUAUAAAAACUUUAAUUUCUGGUUAAAGAGAACUAUUUAGAUUAUUAUUACUUAUUGCUUAGGAAAUCAAGUACUUAUUUUUCCUUACUUUUAAAAAGUGCCAUUAUUUUAAUCCAAAUUUUAUUCUUAUAAAUUGAAUAUAUUCUUUCAUUAACCAUAUUUAAGAUUUACAUAUUUAAGAACUAUCUUUGCCAACGCAGUUACAUCAAAGUUUUUGUCCAAAGUAACGACUAUGAAGUUUAUGUGUGGAAUAUUCACACAGACUAAAACUUCACAAAAAUCAAUUGUAUUUAACUGUAUAAGUUAUAUUUGUAUGUGCCUAAAUUAAUCAAUUUACGAUUAAAUUUAGAAAUUAAAAAAAUAGUGGUUUUUAU